GAGACUUCUGAGGUGAGCAGGCGGAACGAAUAAUGGAGGCGAUAGCACUGCACAUCGUCCCGACCACGUCGGCGUCGUCGGGAUUGGGAUCGCUGAUUGCAUUGGGAAGCGCGGGAGAAGAACGCAAUGGGCGGAGUUGGGGCCACGACUGUACAUCGAGGUGCCGUCGCCGCCGCCUGGGCGCGGCGGCUUCUUGUUGUCGUACGGUCGGGAUCUCAACGCACGGCCGGAGGGAUGAUCGCCGCUCACGAUCCCGAUUAAUCAUCGCCAUCCCUCACGUGAGCUCUCCGCCGCUGGAUGAAGAUCACAACGCUUGGUUGUCCGCCCCGUCUACCCUUACCCUUUGUUCUUCUCUAUGCGCCUCCGCCGCCUCCGCCGCCGCCGUCGGCGGAACCGGCAAUGAAGUGGCUUCGGCGAAGGUAGGCAGGCCGAUGCGGCGGGCUCACAGAUCCGGUUCGGCAUCAGCCCCCCCCCGGAUGGGGGUAAUUAGACAUUCACACCGGGGAGGCUGUUACGCGGCGGCGAGGGAGCACGGCCAUGUCCUUCCUGUCUUGGACGGCGAGGAGGGCAACCCCCGUAGCAAGGCUUGCAGCAGAAAUGCUGCCAUCACAAGACUUAGUGAAAUCGCCCGCGCACAUUGGAUGCUGAGCAAGAAGAAGAACAAGGAAGGGGUGAUGACACGUGUCACCGCCUCGGACGAGGAGCCUUCUCCAAGCAGCAGUAGCAGCAGCAGCAGCAGGGUGUCUCUUACGGAGGAAGAAGAAGUGACGUCAACGACGAGAGAAACCACCUACGCCUCCCAAAGUCUGGAUACUGCAGCACAUUCUCAUCCGAAGCAAGGGGACAAUGAGGAGGAGAAUGAGGAGAAUGAGGAGGAGAAUGAGGAGGAGGAGGAGGAGGUAAGGUCUUCGGUGCGGGAGAAGGCGGUGUGCACGGACAAUGACACCGACGGUGCAGAGGAAGAUACCUACGGGAAAGGAAACGAGCUAUGGCUGUCGCAAGAGAUGGAACGACUGCGAGCCCUCCAACGAGGUCCUGGUACUGGUCUCAUUCUGACAAGAGGCAAAUGGGACUGGGUCAUCAAGGAACCAGGGCAUUACCAAUUCCAAGGCCAGAUGGUUUUUCACAACGUGACAAAAAGAUUCGAGGUCUUUGUCCCAGAAGUGGAGGGAGAAGUGACUCUGCUCUCCCAAGGCAGCAUAGCCGGGAUCUCCACCUCCAUCAGCAUCCAAUCCAGGCACCCAGGAGGUACUCCCCCCCCCCGACCAGACGGGUACUGGCAAGCCUACAUUCUCCGUGCAGGGCACACGACAACCAUCGAUAUUGUCGUUGAUCUUCAUGUGGCCAAGGAGGCAGCCGAUCUCCUUCCCUUACAACAACUGAAGGCCUUGAGAAUCGACAUCAACUACGUAUCGUACGGUCCACAUGGGCGAUCAGACGAAGCACAGCAAGUCAUUCUCCCCACGAAGUACCCCUCCUCUUCCUCCUCUUCCUCCUCCUCUUCCUCCUCUCCUCCAUCUUCCUCCGGGAUUGCUUUGUUGCUGCACACAUCACAGCUCCGAUGGCGGCAGGUAUCCGAGGAGUUGAUGGUUCUCCCGAUCCCGACCCACCUACUCUGCCAUUUGGAUGACCCGGUCUCUGUGGUCAAGCGGUAUGUGGUCCCCCAUGCCCGCCCUGGCGAUGUGCUGGCUAUGGGGGAAACCCCCCUGGCCAUAAUGCAGGGUAGGUUCCGCCACCCAAAGAGCGUCAGGGUCACGUGGGUUGCCAGGCUGGCUUGCCUCGUCUUCCACCCCACCUCUAGUCUUGCCACUGCAUGCGGCAUGCAAAGCCUGAUCGACAUCGUCGGUAAGCUGCGCGUCAUCUUUGCCUUCAUCGUGGCCGUUGCUGCUCGUCUCGUCGGGAUCCGGGGUAUGUUUUACCGAUUAGCGGGAAUCCAGGCUCGACUUAUUGAUGACGUCACCGGCACUCUCCCUCCCUACGACCAGUUCAUCUCCCUUGGCCCGAUUCGCGUCCAACAGACUGUAGAGAGCAUCAAGCAGAGAACGGGGUGUGACGUGGCGAUCGUAGAUGCAAAUGACUUGAAGAAGGUGGAUGUGCUAGGGGCGGCUGAGCAGGUCGACAGAGACAGACUGAGGCAGGCGCUGAUCGACAAUCCGGCGGGAAACGGAGAUGAGCAAACGCCGUUGGUUCUGGUACGGAGAGUGAGUGCGACAAAAAAAUAAGUAAAGAAAAAGAUUAAAAAAAAGAGUUGCUUAAUUCCGUACUUUCACUUCAAUGUUUUGGGUUUUCGGGGUAGAUAAAAGGUAAAUGAAUAA